AUGAUUUCAUUUUCUCAAUUUCUUGUUCUUACAGUACUUGUCUGUGUUUGUCGAGCAGACAAUUGUAUUGACAAAUUUUGUCCACCUGGCACAUUUUGUGAUGAGAGACCGGGACCUUGUAUUAAGCCACCAUGCCGAACGAUUUUGGCUUGUCUUCCAAUAGAGGCAAACGGUUGCGCUCGAAUGGAAUGCAAGGCACCACAAGUCUGUGUAGAGCGAGUGCGCCCUUGUAUUGGAAGAUCGUGUAAAGAAAUUGCUACCUGUGAAACUCCGAACACGUGCGCUGCAGUCGUGUGCACUCCAUCUCAAAAAUGUCAAGUUGAGGAUGGAAAACCAACAUGCAAGAAACAUAUUCCACCGACACGUGGGAUAAUUGGUAAAGCUGUUCUGGAUGAAAAGCAGUUUCAAGAAAACUAA